CUCACACACCCAUCAUGGUCUACAAGCCCGAGGAUGUCGAGCAGGUCCGCAAGGACAUCAUGGCCAUCCUGAAGAACAAGGACUACGACGACGGCAGCAUCGGCCCCGUGCUCGUGCGCCUCGCGUGGCACUCGUCCGGCACCUACUGCGCCGAGACCAAGACCGGCGGCUCCAACGGCGCCGGCAUGCGCUACGAGAAGGAGGGCGGUGAUCCGGCCAACGCCGGCCUGCAGCACGCGCGUGUGUUCCUUGAGCCGAUCAAGGAGAAGCACAGCUGGAUCUCGUACGCCGAUCUCUGGACUCUCGCCGGCGUCGUCGCCAUCGAGGCCAUGAACGGCCCCAAGAUCGAGUGGCAGGCCGGGCGCACCGACUUCGUCGACGACUCGAACCUGCCGCCGCGCGGCCGCCUGCCCGACGCGGCGCAGGCCGCCGACCACCUGCGGCACAUCUUCUACCGCAUGGGCUUCAACGACCAGGAGAUUGUGGCGCUCUCGGGCGCGCACAACCUCGGCCGCUGCCACGCCGACCGGUCAGGCUUUGAGGGUCCCUGGGUCAACAACCCCACGCGCUUCUCCAACCAGUACUACAAGAUGCUGCUGAAGCUCAAGUGGCAGAAGAAGGAGCUGGGCCGCAAGGAGCAGGGUGCCGAGUGGCAGUGGAUUGCGCGCGUGCCGGGCAUGGACGAGGACGACGAGCCGCUGAUGAUGCUGCCGACGGACAUGAGCCUGACGCAGGACGAUGCAUUCCGCCCGUGGGUCGAGAAGUACGCCGAGGACCAGGAGCUCUUCUUCAAGGACUUCGCCGCCGUGUUCUCGAAGCUCAUUGAGCUCGGUGUUGAGCGUGACGAGACGGGCAUCGCCAAGCACGACGGCAAGAAGGGCGACUACCAGGCGGCGCCCAAGAAGAGCGACGAGCUGCAGGGCCCGCGUGCGCGCCUGUAAGCGCCUCGUCUCUUGCCUCGCUUCCUCUGUGUCUCCUCCCGUGUCACCUCGCAUCUCAGCAGCCAAGCGGCGGCACUUCGCCUUGCCGACGAGGCUGCUGCUGCCGCAGCCAUUCUGCUCGCCCUAGAAUCUUAUAGACCUUAAUGCAUCCUCGUUCGCACCGAGCACCAGC